AUGGUGGGGGGAUGGGGAGGCGCGCAGCAUCAGCAUCAGCAUCAGCAUCAGCAUCAGUUUUUGCCGCCGCCGGGGACGCCGGGCGGCGCCGCGGAGCCGCCGGCGCCGCGGCGGGAAGAGCGACGAGACGGCGGCGGCGGCGGCGGCGGAGCGGAGAACCCGUGGGUCGUCCCCGGCGUCGGCCCGGAGGCGAUGCGCGCGAUCGAGCGCGCCGCGGCCGCUGUCGCGAGGGGCGACCCGGUCGCGGCGGCGAGGGAGGCUGCCGCGGCCGCGGUCGGGGGACGCCCCGUGCACGUGAUGCAGUUUCACGUCGACCUGAGGCUGCUCUUCAAGCUCUUCUCGAUGGUGUUCAUCCUCUCGCAGGGCGCCAGCCGAGGGCGGACGGCGUUGUACGCGGGCGUCGCGGUCGCGUGGUACAUCGCGCAGAUGGGCGCGUUGCGGGCGAUCGCGCGGUGGCUCGGCGCGGAGGACGGCGACGACGACGGCGGCGGGCGCGGCGGGCGCGGACGGAACGGCGGCGGCGGCGGCGCGAGGGGGGCGGCGGCGGAUCGUCGCGGCGGCGCGCGCCCGCGACCGCCGCGACCGGGCCCGAGGACGACUGCCGUCUUACCCGGGAUGCGCGACGGGAUGCCGCGCGGGUGGAUGGGCGAGGUGAAGGUGUUCAUCGGCGGGUUCCUCGCGUCGUUGUUGCCGUCGUGGAACCCUCCGGAGCUGCACAGGCACCCGCGCGCGGACGCGGCGACGGCGGCGGCGGCGCCGCGGGGGCCCGUCGCCGUCGCGGACCACCGCGCGCACGCCGACUGA